AUGAAAACGAUAUUCUACAGCCCCUGGGAAGCCAAUACCGGGCUGAUACAGCAGGGGAUGCUGGUUCCGGUAGUAGCACGUCCCACUGCGUACAUUGCGCCCUACUGCACCGUACGUUUCGGUAAUGCGUUCGCUACGUUCCCCUGGGUCGUACGAGCUCGGAACACUCGUUUUUAUCCCCACUCGUACGACCCAGGGGAACGUAGCGAACGCAUUACCGAAACGUACGGUGCAGUAGGGCGCAAUGUACGCAGUGGGACGUGCUACUACCGGAACCAGCAUCCCCUGCUGUAUCAGCCCGGUAUUGGCUUCCCUGGGGCUGCGGGAUCUACACUACCGGAGCUCGUACGACCGUUACCGACGGGCUACACGACCGGAGCUCGUACGAGCUCGUAUGGCCGUUACCGACGGCAACAUGACGGGGUCGUACCGCCGUUACCGACGGCUACAGAGGGGGAAGGGGGUCUCCGCCCGCCCCGCGCUCACCGUGUCCCGCUUGAACCAUCAACUUCAACGUCGCGCUCACUGUCCCCACGCUACUUGGCACCUGGACGCCCCAAGGCACCUGGGGCUGGUUUGACUGAGACUGGAAAACCCAAACAGGUGUUCCACGUCCCGAUGCACACCCAUGCGGCGCACCAGCUUCAUGCGCUCGACCACAAUCUCCGCCGGCCGGUCCUCGGGCGGAAUGUCAGAGACACGCCGCCGCCGGCUGCUCAAUACAAUGGUUUGUGCUGCACACCUGCUAUGAAUCGACGGACCGAAUGGAACGGCGCGCGGAGCCGAGCAGAGCUCUUGGGCCGAGCUCCAGAUGUCAUCGUUAAAGGCGCGGCCGCCUUCGUCGCGCGUGUCUGCCGUCGCGCGGAGGUCAGCGCUCAGCGCGAUGCACACCGGGCGGAACCUACUACAGCCCCGCAACAAUGGGGAGGCAGAGAGGAGGGCGACGAUGCACCAGAGGAGGCGCCUGAGGGCGACGUGCACAGUGCGCGCAGGCGGGUGACGCGGAUGUGGGUGAUGCGGAGGGAACAGAGGAGGGCGAUGCAGGUGGUGGGCAGCGCAGAGAUGGGCAAGGCAGAGGUGGGAAACACGAAAGAAGAGGCCGCGAAGGAGGAGAAGGGCGACGCGGGCGGAGGCGGAGGCGGUGGAGGGCGACACGGAGGGCUCGCGGGAGGAGGCCUAGGCGGAGGGGAAGGACUAGAAGGAGGUGGGCGACACGGGCGGAGGCGGUCGAUGCAGUGGGCGCAGAGGCCGCGCGGAAGGCCCGCCGGAUGA